GCCGCCGCCGCCGCAGCAGCAGCAGCCCCCCCUGCCCGAUCGGGAAGAGACUGGAGACGAGGAGGACGAGAGUCCCAUCGACGAGGAGAAGAUAAAGAGCUCGUAUGCGCAGCCGCACAAUUGCAGGGAAGGGGGCAGUAGAGCUAUUACAGAUUGCGAUGGUUGAGAUGACAAUUUGUGACCACUCUGUCACUGGGAAGGUGGAAGUGCAGACUUCUCUAAACUACUCCCCCAAGCAAAGGAGAGGAGGAAAGAAGUGUCUGAUUGGCCAGCAGUUAAGGACCACCCAGCCUUCUGGGCUCUCCCCCCAUGGCCAAUGGAAAGCCUGGUGAUCCCAAGUCAGCCCUUCACAGAGGUCCUCCAGGAUCCAGGGGACCAAUGAUCCCACCACUGCUGAGCCUCCCCCCUCCUCCCAGGGGAAGAGGCCCAUUUCGGGGAGGCCUUGGCCCCAGGUCUAGUCCGUAUGGUCGUGGUUGGUGGGGGGUCAAUGCAGAACCUCCCUUUCCGGGGCCAGGCCACGGGGGUCCCUUCCGGGAAAGCUUUCAUAAAGAGCACAGAAGCCCGAGAAGGCUCAGAAGCUGGUCUCUCGUCAAGAACUCCUGCCCACCUCCGGAUGGCGCCCAGGCCGUGCAAGACAAAUCCAACCGCCCUGUCUGUCGACACUUUUCCAAAAAGGGCCACUGCCGAUACGAGGACCUCUGUGCCUUCUACCACCCGGGGGCCAAUGGACCUCCUCUGUGAGACUGUGCCUUCCCUUCCAGGCCAGGAGGUGUCCCCCGUGGCCUCCCUGUGGCUCUGUGAUGGAACUGUGAGGCUCCUCCGCCCUGCACCCUUGUUGGUGAAAGUCCAGCCCCUCUCCCUCCGUGUGGGGUCGAGUUGUGUUUGGUCACUGGUGCACAGUGCAUGCCAUCCUGACUCGGCCUCCAGGGACUCGCCUGGGGACCCCCACGCUCCCCCUUCGACUGCCUCCUAGACCCCGCUCUGCCAAGUGACUGCUGAACAGGAAACUCCUGGUGCUGUUUCUUGUGCAUCUGUCCACUGUUGCCCUCCAUUCCUAAGAGCUGCUUGUCCGGAGUCGUCUUCCUGUGACACCAGUGUUUCCAGCUGCUCGGGACGCGCCCGGGGCGUCUAACCCAGUCCAGUUUGGUGGCUGGUACAGGGCCGCUCCCCCACCUCUGGACUAGUUUCUCUGUCGGUAGCAUGGUCCCCGCCACUCUGGUCUGUGAUCACUGUGCUUCGUGAAGCUGUGUGUCCCCUCGUAGCCUCAGUGUUCGUGACUUCCCAACACUAGACUAAGGUUUUCUGCCAAAAUGAGGGAGGAUCCCAGUGCCCUCGACUGUCCCCACCUCCCAACACGGGAGGACUCUGCAGUUCGCAGGCUGCCUCCGUGUCCCCGUUCUUUUCCUGGUGUUGGUUAUUCCCAGUCUGACACAAGCCUCAGCCUGGCCACCCGGCCUGUCUCUGGGUGGACACUGGACAGUGUUGUCACCCUGUUCGGACCCUCCUUCCUCACACCCCUGGCGUGGUUGUUUUCUGUGAAAACGGCAGGGAAUGGGUUCAGUUCUAAGCUGGCCCAAAACAGAUGGGUCAGGAGUCUUGGGGGCCAGAGGGAGGUACGGGAGCCUCUGGAGAACUGAGAAUGAGGUGUUUUGUUGUUGUUUUGGGGUUUUUUUAAACAUUUUUUUUAUAUUAGUAAUAAACGGUAAAAACUAGCAUUUUCUUUCAUCUGC